AAAGAAAGAAAGAAAGAUGAAGAAGGGGAUCGACAACAACAACAGGAUACAAUCGCCGUGAAACGAAAGCUGAUAAUCUCACGCCGUCGACAGUGUCGUGUGAAUGGUCUCGCGCGGCUGUUCGCCCCGUUGCCGGUCUUUCAGUUUCUUUUGGACCACAACGCGGGCACGACAGCGGAUGCGGUCCAAGGCGCUAUGCGUGUAUGAAAGUUUGCGCGAGUUUACCCCCUCGGGAACCUGUUUACAUGUUUUUUUGCGCGACGUCCUAUCGGAUAUGGAGAUGUGAAAAGCGAGAAAGCGUAAGUGAGGAAAAGAGAUAAAAACAGCUUCCACGAGGCCGCGAAGCGUUUCGCCGACGAUGACGUAGUUCGAUCGAGCACGCGGCGAUGGUUGUCGAUUCUGACGGACGAGUCUCCGAUCCGAUCCAUGCGGUAGCACCGAACGUGUUCAUCGAGCGCCACGUGCCGUCGGGGGAUGCCGAGUGCCAACGCGGCAAACCGAGCAGCGAUCCCGCAGCAGCUUUCUCCCAUCGGGACUCCCAUCGGGAAUUGGUUCAGGCCCGACGGUGGCGCGGAAACCGACAGGCGCGUCGCAUCGUUCACGAUCGAGCCGCGCGAGAUCGAAUGGAUAAGAUCGACGAGCAAUGAGGUCUCCAAAUUCGGCGUAUCCACGACGACCACGCGAGACAAUCCGAGAAGAUGUUACAGAACGUCGACCAGUUCCGGUUACUCGAGCCACUCGCCGCCGUUGUCGGCCGGCUCGUGUUCUCCUUACGCCACGGCGUUGACGUCAAAAGAUCCGUUGUACGGUGGUCUGGCAGUGAUUCACGAAAGCGAAACGAUACCGUGGUCGGUUUGGUCUCCGAUCGUGUAUCAUCAUGAAAAUCGCAAUUACGAAGGAAUCUACGUGUGUCGCGCGUGCGGUUGCGCGUGCAAUUAUUCGCUGCUGUCGCCGACCCCGUUGUUCGGAUUGCCUCCGAGUUCUGUGAUAGACAACGAUAAUAUCAUUAUGCCGCCGGACGAUAUUUCGCGCGUCCACCCGAGAAACGCUUCGAGGGACAACAACAACGUGUACGAGUAUAUUUGUCCGUUCUGGUCGUUCAACGGAAAUCCGUCGACGGGGAGCGCGCCGACGAGAUCGAAUCCGAUCAGUUCCGAAUUCUACGUGAAUUCUCCUCACCGCUUUUGCGAGCGAUCGGACACGAUGCGAUCCGGCGCGCUGCUCAAAAAAAGUAAGACAACGAAAUGCAAAGAGGACGGCUUGACGGAGAGAAGCGAUCUCGAGACGCGCGGUCCUUACAUCCGCAAAUAUCAUCACGGGAAACCGAUCGAGAAAGGUUGUGCGAAAUUGUCGUUCGGACUGGAAGGCGUGCGACCCGAGGGUUGUCAAAGAGCACUCGCCUCGAACGAGUCAAAGUACUCGACGCAGCUGGAGUGCGGCAGCGACGUCGGUUCGUCUUGCGAAGAUACGGUCGUUUCCGCGAACGAUUUGAAUCGCCGUUUGGCCGCCGCAAGCAGCGAGGAUCUCGAUUUCACUCUCGACGUGGCGCGCGCCGAGCGUCUAGGCCGUGCGAUCGCGAGAGCAAAACGGAAGCGACAAUGGUGCCGCGCACUGACAAUUCUCCUCGGCCUGGCCUUCUUCAUGCUGAGCGUGAUAGUCGUCUCGUUAUCCGUGACGAGAGGUCGCAAAAUGUUCGGGAGCAUGUAAUAAAAAACAAGAAAAAAAAUCUCACAGCGGAGGAAAAUAUUUGUUUGUUUGUUUGUUUGUUUUUUUUUGUUAUUAACGUGAGCACGAAUGAUCUUGUAGAAAUUUUUACUACUGGUGUGUGUGUCCCAGUGCACUAUUCUCAACACGGUGAUUUCAAUAUUCUAGAAUAAGUAUAUUAUUUUGACCCCGUACCAGAGUAAUGUGAAAUUUCUGCAAGGAUGUUCUGCGACAACCGUGUAGUCUCUUCAACGCGGGUAUUUUUGUGGAUGCCAAGUGUCCCGUAUAUAUAUAAUAAUUAAGUAACAAAAUUAUUGUAAACAAGAGAAAAGAUAUUCUCUGCGAUUCUUAAUAUAUAUAUAUAUAUAUAUGGCUGUGACCAUACCCUUUAUCCAUAUUUCGCUGAACAUAAUACCACGUAAAUGCACGUGUGGGCGCAUCACGCUCAUCUAGCGAAUGUAGAUAAUUUUAAAUGUUUUUUUUAAGCUUACACAGAAGAAAGUAUAUAAAUAUACGUCACUGUAAAACGGGUAAAUUGUUAUCAAUAUAAAUGUAAUGUUUUAUCUCUUUUACCUUAAUAAUUUGCGCAUGCGUACGCUAGUCUGAUUUCAUUCGCGUUUGUCGCGGGGCGUUGGCGUCGAGUCGAGAGACGAGAAACAGCGGGCUGCUGAAGAUAAGAGGUGACAGAUCUCAAAUCGCGACCAUCAACAAAUAUCGCAGAUAAGAUACGUCAGAACGAUUAUUUAUACUUGACAUUUAGAGAUCGACAGUUUUUCAUACCCUGUCGAAAACGUCGAAGCAUUGACAAUAGCAUACGAAGUUCCGGCUAUUUACGAAUUUGUUCAGGUUAACUUUUUAUACAGCACUUUACAUCAACUUUCCAAG